AUGUUUUCCGUAACCACGGCAGCGAAAGAGGAACCGUCGGAAUCACCGCUUAUGUCACUUCCCGAAGACAUCAUCGUUGAAAUCAUCGCACGUGUGGAGAGAUCCGACCAUCCAUCACUCUCCAUUGUCUCGAAGCAGUUGCAGUCAAUCGUUUCCUCUCCUGAGCUAUUCGCGAGAAGAUCCUUGCUGGGCCGCAUUGAACACCGUCUCUAUGUUAUCCUCCAUCUCCAUGACUACAGCUCCUCCAAUACCUCUUUGUACGUUCUCCACAAUCGUCGCUUGGUCCCUAUCCCUGGGCUUCCCACUAGUGGCUUUGUCGCUUCAGGCUCAAAGAUAUAUGGGUUUGGUGAUGAUAUCGCAUACUCGAGAACUGCGGUAAGCAUGGAGUGUGCAUAUCACACGGUAAAAACCCUCCCGAGCAUGCCUUACAUGUUUAGUAGAGCUGCUAGUUACAUUGACGGGAAAGUUUAUGUCACUGGGAAUUUGGGUUAUGACAGGGAAGAGGUUUCGGUUGUGGUGUUUGAUACAGAGAAGCAAAUGUGGGAGGGAGAGGUGAUAAAGCCAGAGAUCAAGAUAGGGAAUAUGAUUAGGUGUAGUCUUGUGAUGGAUGAUAAGAUAUAUAUAGCGGAUUAUUUCAGGAGCGUUUUUUACGAUACAAAGGAGAGGACAUGGGGAAGAGAUACGAUGCUGGAUUCUAAGAAGUGGAUGUUUGCGGAUGCGUGUGUGCUUGAUGACGUGUUGUACUAUUACAGUCGUGAUGAGAAUUGUUUGAGAAGGUAUGAUCCUAAGAAGAGGUGUUGGGGAGUGGUGAAUGGUUUGGAUGACUUGUUGGCUACGACGAGAGGUUCAUGGGCUAUGUCGAGAAGUUCGAUGAAGACGGUAGAGACUGUGAGUUACAAUGGGAAACUGGCCUUGUUUUUUCUUAGAAGAACAGGAAGAGGAGAUAAAGGGAUUUGGUGUGCUGAGAUUUCGCUGGAAACGAGACAAGGAGGAGAGAUUUGGGGUCAAGUUGAGUGGUGUCAUCAGGUUUUGAGUAUUGAGGAUCAAAGCUGCGAAAUUAAAUCUCUACCUGUUAUGCUUUGA